AAGGAGCCACGGAGGAGGAGAAGUUGCUGAGCCGGAAGAUGAUGAAAUACUGGGCUACCUUUGCUCGAACCGGGAAUCCCAAUGGGGACGACCUGCCUCUGUGGCCAGCCUAUAAUCUGACCGAGCAGUACCUGCAGCUGGACUUGAACAUGAGCCUCGGACAGAGACUCAAAGAACCGCGGGUGGAGUUUUGGACCAGCACCAUCCCCCUGAUCCUGUCUGCCUCCGACACGCUCCACAGUCCUCUUUCCUCCUUGAUUUUCCUCUCUCUCCUCCAGCCUUUCUUUUUCUCUUGUGUUCCUUGGGAAGUUAUCUUUCUGUGAUUUUGGUUUCCAUUCUCCUCCUACAAUUAUUCCCCGCAAUCAUUAGUUUCUUUCCAAGUUCAGCUGCUUUCUAUGGGGAUCUUUGCAGAACAAGCAGCUUUCGCUGAUAUUUUACAGACUUAGGAAUGAUCCUUAUGGAAUUCUUUUCAACAUCAAAAAGUGCAAUUUGUCUUGGAAGGCAACACAAUUUCUUCAAUAAAUUUGGAAGAGGACUGAC